CUCUUUUGAAGCCCCUCAUCUUCUAGACCGUCUCCGCCCUGAAGUCUCCGCUAGAGUCCACACUCUGUUGCCAGGACCCGCCUGAGUCGAUAUCAGGCAAGGGUUCUCCUCCUAUUACUUCACCCUCCUUUGUCCGCUACGCUCUCCCGGCCGCGGCCUUCCUCCUUCCCUUUUCCCACUUUUGAUUUGGACGACUUUCGUUAUUCCAACUUCUACGCCCUCUACGCCCUCGCUCUCUACUUUGCGCGACUUGACUUGAUCAUCGUUCGACAUGAGGCUGCGGAGCGCCCUCAGCGCCGCACUCGUCGCUCUGACGUUUGCCUCGGUGCCCGUGGAAGCUUCGCUGAAGAAGGCCAACCAAGCCGAAAUCUUUCGUGCCUUGGCCGACCUGACUCGUGACCCAAAGGACCGCAAGGUGCAUGAUGUCUCCAAGAUCAAGAAGCUCAGCAGCCACGACUUUGGCUACCAGAAGCAGGGCGUCGACUGGGAAGUGCUCAAGCCUGCCAGCACCAGCUCCGCCAGCGGCGACCGCUCCUCGUGUCCUAACACUGCCCAAUUCUCGAUCCAGCCCCGUGGUGCCGGACAACACAUCCCACCUCUCGAACUCGAAUCGUUUGUCGCCAAGCGGGACAACGACGAUGCCAGCAAUGAGCACAGCAAGGGUACCACGGUCACCCUUCCUCCUGGACAAUACCAAGCGAGCGAAUUCUACCCUAUCAAGCCGCCUAGCAUUCCUUUGGCGGUCAAGGGACCAUAUCUCACCACCUGGGCACCUGCUGGCCGCCUGGAGUCUGCUUCGCCGCCCAACGUCGUCGGAAAUGGUGGCUACCUGGCGGGCCAGGACGGCUCCUUCUGGACCUCUUCUUACGGCGCAGACGGAGACUACCGUAUGACCUGGACUGGCUACAUUCGCAUCGACAACACGACCUAUCAGUGGAUGGGCGACGGCUUUGGCACCACGGUGCGCUCGGGCAGCAACGCCAACCAAAAGAAGGUCACGUACACCUCGACGAGGUCCAUCUUUGAAUUUGAGGCCGAUGGCGUCGCAUUCAACGUCACCUUUAUGACGCCCAUCUGGCCCAACGACUACCUCCGUCAGAGUCUGCCGAUGAGCUACAUGCACUUCGAGCUCGACUCCAGCACAGCCCAAGGCAGGAGUGUGCAGCUCUACACCGACAUUGACGAGCGGUGGGUGACGGGCCACGACUAUGAUUACGAGAACUACCCGUACCGGAUGGAAUGGAUCGACGACCACAAUGGCACUUCGAUCUACUUUGUCGAGAGGACCAAUCCGCAGCGCUACACGGAAUUCCGCCAGCGCGCCGAGUGGGGCAAUGCUGCGUACGCCAUGAGGAAGCGUGCGGGCAUGUCUUCGCUCAACCAGAACAACGUCUUUGCCCAGCUCCAAUUCCUCAACACAGGCACCCUCGCAAAGAAGCAUGACCCCGUCGGCGGGCCCGACAAUGCCUUUGCGUAUUCCGUCGACUUCAGCGGCAAGGGCGGCAACGACGCCCUGUUCGCCGUUGGCCACGUCCGUGCCCCUUACGUCAACUACAUCAAGAAGCUCGACCAGCCAGCCAACAACGGCACAAAGUCGUACCAGCAGGAUCGCUACGGCUACUGGAUGUCCAAGUUCCCCAACUUUUCUGACAUGGUCAGCUUCUUUAUGGACGACUUUGAGAACGCACUGUCGCACUGCAAGCAGCUCGACGCCCAGAUCGAGAGCGACAGCAAGGCCGUCGUUGGUGGUGGUGAAGUCGGGGACCAGUACGCGGCCAUUACGCAGCUCAGUGUCCGGCAGGCGUUUGCCACGAUUGAAAUCACGGUGCCGUACGACAACCAGACAUACAACACGUCAGACACAAUCAUUUUCCUCAAAGAGAUCAGCUCCAACGGCGACAUGCAAACCGUCGACGUCUUCUUCCCUCUCUUCCCCCUCCUCACCUACCUCAAUCCUUCAUUUUUGCGCGACAUUAUGAAGCCCAUCUUUGAGUACACCGAGUCGGGCUUGUACCCCAACAAGUGGUGCGUCCACGAUCUCGGCGUGUAUCCAAACGCCUUUGGCCACAACGACGGCAAUGACGAGCCGAUGCAGGUCGAAGAGAGCGGCAACAUGAUUUUGAUGAUGCUCCACUGGGCCCAGAUGGUCGGCAAGAAGGAGGCCUUGCCGCUGCUGCGGCAGCACUACAAGAUCAUGCAGCAGUGGGGUGAAUUCCUCAUUUCUGACUCGCUCAUUCCCGCCGAGCAGCUCAGCACCGACGACUUUGCUGGCCAGGCGGCCAACCAGACCGACCUGGCAAUCAAGGGAAUCGAGGGCAUCGCUGCUCUGGGCGAAAUCGCCACUUGGCUGGGAAAGAAAAACGACUCGCUGCGCUACGAAAACAUCUCUUCGACCUACAUCCAGGCCUGGUACGGCUAUGCGCUCAACAGCAACGGCACCCACACCAAGCUCCUCUACCAGGACGACAAGAGCUGGGGCACGCUGUACAACCUGGCAUUUGACCGCCUCCUCAACCUUCGCCUCGUGGCAAAGGAGAUCUACGAUCUGCAGGACAAAUUCUACCCCACCGUGGCCGAAUUGUACGGCGUGCCGUUGGACUCGCGCUACAGCUGGCAAAAGUCCGACUGGGCCAUGUUUGCCUCUGCCACGGCCGCCCUCAAGUCGACCAAGGAUCUCUUUAUCCAGAAGCUGUACAAGUUUGUCUCGUCGGGCCGCACCGAUGCACCCUUCAUCGAUCUUUUUGAGACGCAGACCGGCGACUUCCCCAAGCAGCCUUACACGCCAAAGGUUACCUUCCUCGCCCGGCCCGUCGUCGGCGGUCACUUCAUGCACCUCGCCCUCGACAAGGCCAACAAGCUCAACAAUGUCACCGACUACAAGUACGGCCCGCCGAUCAAGAAGCGUUCGGGCAAGCAGUCUACGUCGGCGCGCCUGACGAUGCAGCAGCAGCAGCAGCAGCAGCAAGACCGGGAACAAGGUGGCCUGUUUGCCGGUCUCCUUUCCCCACCUGCUCGUCCGAGCAAGAUGAUGACGUCUACGUCGGGAGUGGGCAGCCCCGCCCAACAGGGCCGAAAGAAGCUGGCUGCUCAGCAGCUGUCGAAGCAGGCGCCCCUCAUCCACAGCGACGACCUCUCCGACGUCUGAAUCGAUAUCAGUCGCGACCUUGGACGGUCCAGUGCUGUUUGAUGACUCCUCUGCUUGUCUCCUGCCACUGCGAUGUCGUCCUUGCACUAGACCAAUGGCCUACCCUUGUCAUGACAACCACACAAAUGAGCAAAUUGACGAAUGAUUUCCCAUG